CCAAAUGUCGCAAUGUUACCUUUUGAUCUUGAUUUAAUUUCAGAUUGUUAUGAAGUAUAUCAGAGGGGAUCGGCGAGAAAUGGUGUUUAUAAGAUAUUUUUACCUGGUCUCAAAUAUUAUGUUGAUGUUUACUGUGAUAUGAAGAAUGGCGGUUGGACAUUGAUUCAAAAAAGAUCAAGUGGAGACGUUGAUUUCUUUAAGGAUUGGAAGGCAUAUAAAGAAGGUUUCGGGGUUAACACUGGUGAACAUUAUCUAGGGAAUGAUUUUAUUCACUUCUUAACCAACCAAGGUCAUUAUUCCUUACAUGUGGAACUAGUGAAUUGGAAGAAAGAGAAAAGACAGGCUAUGUAUAAAGAUUUCUGGAUUGAUGAAGAAGAUGAUGGUUACAAGCUACAUAUUGAAGGUUAUGAUGGUGAUGCAGGAGAUGGACUUUCUAAACAUAAUGAGAUGAAAUUCAGUACUCAUGAUGUAGACAAUGAUCAAGUCAUCAAACAGUUUGGAGGGAGUUGUGCAAAGAGAUUUCAUGGCGCUGGCUGGUAUUAUAAAUGUUAUUCUUCCAAUUUAAAUGGACAAUAUUAUGAAGAUGGUGUUGUGCCACCUAAAAAGUUUGAUGGUGUUGCAUGGAAGCCAUGGACUGGUCCAAACUAUUCUCUAAAAGAAGUAGUGUUAAAAGUGCGACCUAAAGAUGUCUUAUAACCUUGACAAUUAAAAAAAUGUGGGCCAUAUACUUAAAUCAUGAUCUGGACUGUGAUAAAUGAAAUGGAAACAGAUAAUUUUGCUCAACUCUAAUUCUAACAUGUCAAGAGCAAUUUACAAAGAUAAAGUCAUCUAAACAUUUGCUAUAUCAGUUGGUUGAGCCCUCCAUAUCACUUUUCAAAAUUGAAUUCAUUCUACUGUAAAUGUUGGGACUGUGUCAUUUUGAUUCGAGGAUGAAGUCUCCUGGUAUAUCUCUCUGGGAAACAUGUACAAUUUAAUUUUCAUUUUACUUCAAUUAUUUCUGAAUCUUCUAUGGCAGGCAAUUCUCCUUUGAAAGCACAAAAUAAUAUUUUCUCUGUGUAUAUUGGAAAUAAUUAGAUAGUCAUAUAUCAUGUGAUCUAAAUAUGAAUUCAUUUGUAAAUAUCACAUUUUCAUUUUCAGUAAAUUCAUUUUCAUUUAUAUCAAUAAAAUACACAACUUUU